AUGGAAUCAUCCGUAAAUUCGUCACCUUUAUUAAGUCAUGCAGUAAAAAUACGUGGAAAAAAUGUUGAAUUGAGAAAAAAAAUUAUACUCUUACAAACUGAUAUACAAUCAAUUGAGAAAGAUAUUUUAUCAUUAACAAAUACAUAUGACGAUCUUGUUGAACAAUGUCAGAUUUUACGUGAAAAACAAACCGAUAGAAAAAAAGAUUUUCUAUUAGAAGAAUAUCAAAAACAGUUUACUGACUAUGUUCAUGAUAUUGAAAAUUAUAUUAAUAAAAAAGAAUGGAACAUUGAUUCAAUGGAAAAAACAAAUGUUUUAUCACCAAAAACAUCGUCAUCUAUUGAAAUUAAUAAUAAAAUUGAAGAAUUAUCAGUUCCAACAUUGCACGAUGAUAUAAAUCAACAAUUAGCAUCAGUAGAAAAUUGGCUUAUGGAAAGUGCUGUUACUGAUGUUGAUAAAUCAUGUCCAAUGAUAGCAGAUCAUCAAAAUAUAAAUGAUGGAGCCGAUGAUUUAUAUCAAGAUUUAAUAUUUCCAACAUUAACCGAUGAUCUUCCUACGCAAACUGAAGAAAUUCAUUUUGAUGAAAAUAAUCAUCAGGAACAAUUUAUUAAAACAAUAUCACCAGAAAACUCUCAACAACAGCAACGUCCAGAUAAAAAUCAACGCCGCUUUGCGUUGAUGAGACAAUUAGCGGAAAAGUCAAAUAAAACAGUAACAAGAAAAUUAAUAUAG